AUGCCGAAGCAGCAGCAGGCCGAAAUCGACGCGCUCAAGAAGCAGGGGGAGGAGCGGCAAAAGAGGGAGCGAUCAGCCGACGAUCGCAGACUGUUGACUCUGACUUGGCUGUGGAGCCGAAGCAACGCUAAGAAUGCCAACAAUACUCUUUCGUCCAAGAAACAGUCCGACCGGCUCCGCCGAAGCCGAAACCGAAACCGAAGCCGACGCCGAAGCCCGGCGCUCCUGGAGUGGUAG